UAUAAUAAUAUCUUAAUGGCCAACACUCGCAGCCAGUGUACUUUUUGCUUUUGGGCUCUCCCAAGAAUCUCUUAUCUUCUUCCACACUCUCUCUCACUCACACCACCGUUUCUUGUUUGCUUUAUCCAGUCCUCUCUUGUCGGUCAUUAUUGUUAUUAAUAAAUAUCUGUAAUUGGUUUUCCCCACUCUUCAUCGUGUCCUCUUUCUUGAUUCCUCUGCUUAUCCCUCUACUGUAUUGCCCCAGAUCAUCGUUUUCUUGAAUAUUGUCGCCUGGGAUUGCGAAAUUUCUAGCUUUAGGAAUUGGUGUUAAGCUGCUGGUUUUGGUGGGUUGAUUCUGCUCUUGAUUCUUGGAGGUUUUUUAGGAAGAUCGGCGGGUUUUGUGUUCAGCAUUUGAGAUGGCUUCGCUACAAGGCCCGGUCGUUUGCCCUGUGGUCCGUGCAAAACAAACUGGACUGUACACUGUGCCGGUGAAUUCGCCCCUGCUGAAAGCUAAAUUCAUUAGAAGUGGAUUCUGGGGGCUCAAGGGGCUCAACAGUGGCAGGACUAACGUGGGUUACCGACCACAUUUGAGGAAAUGCAGAACAAUUCGGAGUAGCUUCAGUUCGUCCUCAAAUGGUAAUGGUAGCAUGGCAGGAAAUUUCAGUGAGAAUGACGCGGAUUACGUAAAUUCAAGUGUGCUUGAAGCUGUUGAAGUGAGAAGUGGGCCGGAAGGUUUCAUGAUCAAGAUGAGAGAUGGUAGAUAUUUGAGAUGUGCCCAUAAUAACCCACAGGGAGGUCAUCUGCCAGACUAUGCUCCACAUCCUGCAAUCGUGUUGAAGAUGGAAGAUGGAACUGGGCUACUUCUCCCGAUAAUUGUUUUGGAGAUGCCAAGUGUGUUGCUCAUGGCAGCUGUACGCAACGUCCAAAUUGCUAGACCAACCAUGUACCAUGUAGUGAAGGAUAUGAUUGAGAAGAUGGGAUAUACAGUGAAACUUGUACGGGUGACCAAGAGGGUACACGAGGCAUAUUUUGCUGAAUUACACCUCACAAGGUUGGAUAAUGAAGCAGAGAGCAUAAGAUUUGAUCUUCGACCCUCGGAUGCCAUUAACAUUGCAGUAAGAUGCAAGGUGCCAAUACAAGUGAACAAAUUCCUGGCAUAUAGUGAUGGCAUGAAGGUUAUCGAAUCCGAAAAGGUGUCGGUACAGAGCUCCUCAUCAGACGGCCUAUUGUUCACUGAACUGGACAGACCAACUGGGCAGCCAUGCAUUGAAACAAAAGAAUUCAUUCUAGUGCGAAAUAUGCUAAUUGCUGCCGUUGAAGAACGCUACAGGGAUGCAGCAUUGUGGAGAGACAAGCUCACUCAACUUCGGUCCAAGAGGAACUGGGCAUAACACAUCAAAGUCACGCCAUCUCUCCUGUUCAACGUGGGACGGCUCGUGUAUAUAGAAAUCAUCAUUGGCCUCGGACUCUUUCAGUAAUUAAUUAUAUUUGCGUCUCCAAGAAGUAUGUAGAAAGUUCGGGUCUCGUAUAUAUACGUGUAUAGUUAAACUAUGAUGUGUUGUGCUGAAUCAUAUGUCUUUCGGACAUCUUCGUAGCACAAAGUGAAUUAAUCUUAUCAUGUGUCUUCUUGCGGUUCUCACUAUUUUCUGGGUUAUGCUGAGUGCAUGUAUGUUGAUUGGUUCGA